AUGGAGGCGGGGAAUCACGACUCCCGAAACCCUCUCCGGACCUCUGAACAGAACCCUCUCCCUCUCCGGACCUCUGAACAGAACCCUCUCCGGACCUCUGAACAGAACCCUCUCCCUCUCCGGACCUCUGAACAGAACCCUUUCCGGACCUCUGAACAGAACCCCCUCCGGACCUCUGAACAGAACCCUUUCCGGACCUCUGAACAGAACCCCCUCCGGACCUCUGAACAGAACCCUCUCCCUCUCCGGACCUCUGAACAGAACCCUCUCCGGACCUCUGAACAGAACCCUCUCCCUCUCCGGACCUCUGAACAGAACCCUUUUCGGACCUCUGAACAGAACCCUCUCCGGACCUCUGAACAGAACCCUCUCCCUCUCCGGACCUCUGAACAGAACCCUUUCCGGACCUCUGAACAGAACCCUCUCCGGACCUCUGAACAGAACCCUCUCCCUCUCCGGACCUCUGAACAGAACCCUUUCCGGACCUCUGAACAGAACCCUCUCCGGACCUCUGAACAGAACCCUCUCCGGACCUCUGAACAGAACCCUCUCCCUCUCCGGACCUCUGAACAGAACCCUUUCCGGACCUCUGAACAGAACCCUCUCCCUCUCCGGACCUCUGAACAGAACCCUUUCCGGACCUCUGAACAGAACCCUCUCCGGACCUCUGAACAGAACCCUCUCCGGACCUCUGAACAGAACCCUCUCCCUCUCCGGACCUCUGAACAGAACCCUUUCCGGACCUCUGAACAGAACCCUCUCCGGACCUCUGAACAGAACCCUCUUCCUCUCCGGACCUCUGAACAGAACCCUUUCCGGACCUCUGAACAGAACCCUCUCCGGACCUCUGAACAGAACCCUCUCCCUCUCCGGACCUCUGAACAGAACCCUUUCCGGACCUCUGAACAGAACCCUCUCCGGACCUCUGAACAGAACCCUCUCCCUCUCCGGACCUCUGAACAGAACCCUUUCCGGACCUCUGAACAGAACCCUCUCCGGACCUCUGAACAGAACCCUCUCCCUCUCCGGACCUCUGAACAGAACCCUUUCCGGACCUCUGAACAGAACCCUCUCCGGACCUCUGAACAGAACCCUCUCCGGACCUCUGAACAGAACCCUCUCCCUCUCCGGACCUCUGAACAGAACCCUUUCCGGACCUCUGAACAGAACCCUCUCCGGACCUCUGAACAGAACCCUCUCCGGACCUCUGAACAGAACCCUCUCCCUCUCCGGACCUCUGAACAGAACCCUUUCCGGACCUCUCAACAGAACCCUCUCCGGACCUCUGAACAGAACCCUUUCCGGACCUCUGAACAGAACCCUCUCCGGACCUCUGAACAGAACCCUCUCCGGACCUCUGAACAGAACCCUCUCCCUCUCCGGACCUCUGAACAGAACCCUUUCCGGACCUCUGAACAGAACCCUCUCCGGACCUCUGAACAGAACCCUCUCCGGACCUCUGAACAGAACCCUCUCCCUCUCCGGACCUCUGAACAGAACCCUUUCCGGACCUCUGAACAGAACCCUCUCCGGACCUCUGAACAGAACCUUUUCCGGACCUCUGAACAGAACCCUCUCCGGACCUCUGAACAGAACCCUCUCCGGACCUCUGAACAGAACCCUCUCCCUCACCGGACCUCUGAACAGAACCCUCUCCGGACCUCUGAACAGAACCCUCUCCGGACCUCUGAACAGAACCCUCUCCCUCUCCGGACCUCUGAACAGAACCCUUUCCGGACCUCUGAACAGAACCCUCUCCGGACCUCUGAACAGAACCCUCUCCGGACCUCUGAACAGAACCCUCUCCGGACCUCUGUGGCCCUGAGCUCAGAGGGGGGCCAGGCCGGCCUCCCCUCCUCCCCCGCCUCCCCCCGCCUCCCCCCUCCUCCCCCUCCGCCCCCCACACCUCCCUUUCACGCUCCUCUUUCUGAGUGGUUUCUGGCUGAACUUUCUCUGCGUUUUUUAAUCCGUUCUUUCUGA